CUCUCCCAUCGGAGUUUCAGGUGAAUGGGUCACAGAGGGAGGACGCCGCCACACCACUCCUUCUCGCUAGCGUCCACCUCCCCCCUUCUCCUUCCUGUGGCGGAGGCGGCGGGACUCCGGGGAGAACUAGCCUGAUCGCCGAGGAGCCCGAGCCGGGUGCAGCAGAUUGGCUUAUCUUGGGAGCUACGGGGCAUUGCUCAUCCUGAAUAUCAGGUGACCAACGACAUCAGCCAUGUCAUCCAGGCCUUUUGAAAGUCCACCUCCUUAUAGACCUGAUGAAUUCAAACCCAAUCAUUAUGCACCAAGCAAUGACGUAUAUGGUGGAGAGAUGCACAUUCGACCAAUGCUCUCUCAGCCAGCGUAUUCUUUCUACCCGGAAGAUGAAAUUCUCCACUUCUACAAAUGGACCUCUCCUCCAGGAGUGAUUCGGAUUCUGUCUAUGCUUAUUAUCGUGAUGUGCAUUGCCAUUUUUGCCUGUGUUGCCUCCACUCUUGCCUGGGACAGAGGCUAUGGAACCUUAAUGGGAAGCGGCGUGGGCUACCCUUAUGGAGGAAGUGGCUUUGGUAGCUAUGGAAGUGGAUAUGGCUAUGGUUAUGGCUACGGUUAUGGCUAUGGAGGAGGCUAUACAGAUCCAAGAGCAGCAAAGGGAUUCCUACUGGCCAUGGCUGCCUUUUGUUUCAUGGCUGCAUUGGUGAUAUUUGUUACCAGCAUUAUAAGAUCUGAAAUAGCUAGAACAAGAAGAUAUUAUUUGACUGUGAUAAUAGUGAGUGCUGUCCUGGCCGUUAUGGUGUUUAUUGCCACAAUUGUCUAUAUAAUGGGAGUCAACCCAACUGCCCAGGCAUCUGGGUCUCUCUACAGUUCACAAAUAUAUGCCCUCUGCAACCAGUUUUAUACACCUGCAGGUGCUGGAAUCUAUGUGGAUCAAUAUUUAUAUCACUACUGUGUGGUGGAUCCCCAGGAGGCCAUUGCCAUUGUCCUGGGGUUUAUGGUUAUUGUGGCUUUUGCUUUAAUAAUUUUCUUUGCUGUGAAAACUCGAAGAAAGAUGGACCAGUAUGACAAGUCAAAUAUUUUGUGGGACAAGGAACGUAUUUAUGAUGAGCAGCCCCCCAAUGUCGAAGAGUGGGUUAAAAACGUUUCUGCAGGCACACAAGACAUGCCUCCUCCCCUUUCUGACUACGUGGAGAGAGUGGACAGCCCCGUGGCCUACUCCUCCAAUGGUAAAGUGAACGAGAAGCGACUGUAUCCAGAGUCUUCCUAUAAAUCAACACCGGUGCCUGAAGUGGCCCAGGAGCUGCCAGUGACCUCACCUGUGGAGGACUUCCGACAGCCUCAUUACAGCAACAGUGGUAACUUGGAGACACUUUCAAAAAGGGCUCCCUCGAAGGGCAGGGCAGGAAAGUCGAGGAGAUCAGAGCAAGACCACUAUGAAACAGACUACACGACGGGCGGCGAGUCCUGUGAUGAGCUGGAGGAGGACUGGAUCAGGGAAUAUCCACCUAUCACUUCAGAUCAACAAAGACAACUCUACAAGAGGAAUUUUGACACUGGCCUGCAGGAAUACAAGAGCUUACAAGCAGAACUUGAUGAGAUCAAUAAAGAACUCUCUCGUCUGGAUAAAGAACUGGAUGACUAUAGAGAAGAAAAUGAAGAGUAUAUGGCUGCUGCUGAUGAAUACAAUAGACUGAAACAAGUUAAGGGAUCUGCAGAUUACAAAAGUAAGAGGAAUUAUUGCAAGCAGUUGAAGAGCAAAUUGUCACACAUUAAGAAGAUGGUUGGAGAUUAUGAUCGACAGAAAACAUAGACAGCAGAUGCCACAUUGUUAGGUUAAGAAGUAUCUGACUGACAUCUCUGCAAUGUUAUCAGGAGUCAAAAUGACUUUGGACUCUAACCUGGGAGGCCAAAUCUUUGUGAUCAUUACAGAGUUUUGGUAGUUUUAAUAUCAUCAGUAUUGAAUGAUAUCAUCAGUAUAUCAUCAUCAUUUUAUAAAUAGCUUUUGAUAAUCAACUGGGCUGAACACUCUAAGUAAGGAUUUUAUGCUUUGAACAUUGGUUCUUGUAUUAAGAACUUUUGUUUGAGGUUUUUAAACCUUUAAGGAAGGUCCUGGAGUACACUGUGCUGUGAACUUUCCCACCCUAGGCAAUCAGGUCUUAAUACCUAAGUAUGCUCAUUGGGUCUUAUAGGGGAUAGUUUAAUUCUCCCAGAAUUCUCCCUUCAGAUAACUGUUACUUAUAAUCAUUUAUUUUCAGAUAAGGAAACUGGGGCCCUGCAAUAAAGUCUCUGAAGUGAAACUG